UUUUCCUUUUUAUGGUUAUAGGUUUAUCCUGGUUGGAAAUGGUUUGAGAAGCAAGAUGGGAUUCGUUCUUUGCAAAAAAGUUCUAAAGAUCCAGCGCCAGAGUUCUACAACAUUUAUCUUGAGCGGCCAAAGGGUGAUGCUGAUGGGUAUGAUUUAGUUGUUGUUGAUGCGAUGCACAAAGCAAACUACGCAAGUCGAAUUUGUCAUUCAUGUCGCCCUAAUUGUGAAGCAAAAGUUACUGCUGUUGAUGGUCAGUAACAGAUUGGAAUCUAUGCAGUACGCCCAAUUGAAUAUGGUGUAGAGAUCACAUUUGAUUAUAAUUCUGUUACGGAGAGUAAAGAAGAAUAUGAAGCAUCAGUUUGUUUAUGUGGGAGCCAAGUUUGCCGUGGGAGCUACUUGAAUCUGACGGGUGAAGGAGCCUUUCAGAAGGUUCUGAAGGAUUGGCAUGGAAUACUGGAUCGACAUCACUUGUUGCUAGGGGCUUGUGAAUUAAAUUUUGUAUCUGAAGAAGAUUAUAUUGACUUGGGUAGGGCUGGUUUGGGAAGUUGUUUACUUGGGGGAUUUCCGGGUUGUCUGAUUGCUUACUCAGCUUGUCUGGUGAGAUUUAUCAAUUUUGAACGAACUAAGCUUCCUGAGGAGAUUUUGAGGCAUAAUUUGGAAGAAAAGAGGAAAUACUUUGCAGAUAUCUCCAUUGAGGUUGAAAAAAGUGAUGCUGAGGUCCAGGCAGAGGGAGUCUACAACCAAAGGCUUCAGAAUUUGGCUCUUACUCUUGACAAGGUGAGGUAUGUCAUGAUAUGUGUUUUUGGUGACCCAAAGAAGGCUCCGCCACCUCUGGAGAGGUUGAGUCCUGAAGCAGCAGUGUCCUUUCUCUGGAAAGCGGAGGGAUCACUUGUAGACGAACUUAUUCAGUGCAUGGCACCUCAUAUGGAUGAUAGCAUGCUAAAUGACCUUAAGUCCGAGAUUUGUGCUCAUGAUCCAUCUGGUUCUGAUGACAUCCAGAAGGAGCUUCGGAGAUCUUUAAUAUGGCUGAGGGAUGAAGUACGAAAUCUUCCAUGUACAUAUAAGUGUAGGCAUGAUGCUGCUGCUGAUCUGAUUCACAUAUAUGCUCAUACAAAGUGCUUCUUUAGAGUAAAGGAAUACACGGCUGUAACUUCCCCACCUGUUUCCAUUAGUCCUCUAGACCUGGGCCCCAAGUACACUGAUAAAUUGGGGUCAGGUUUCCAGGAGUAUCGCAAGAAUUACGGUGAAAAUUAUUGUUUAGGGCAGCUGAUUUAUUGGCAUAACCAGACUAGUGCUGCUGAGCCAGAUUCUAGCCUAGCCAGAGCGAUUAGGGGUUGUCUGUCGUUACCUGACAUUGGUUCCUUCUAUGCCAAGGUCCAGAAGCCAUCUCGACAUCGUGUUUAUGGCCCAAGGACUGUAAAAUUCAUGUUGGCAAGGAUGGAAAAGCAGCCCCAGAGACCAUGGCCCAAGGACCGGAUAUGGUCCUUCAAGAAUUCGCCUAAAAUAUUUGGCAGUCCAAUGCUAGGUGCUGUUUUGCAUAAUUCUCCACUAGAGAGGGAUUUGGUUGCGAGUUUUGGUGUGGGCAUUGGCCUGUUUGGCGCUGGAAUGAUUGGUCUCUGGCUAGCUUUUGCAAGAGGCUAUAUAGCGUUUUCUUAA